AUGCUCUUCCACGGCAUUUCACUGCUCGCCCUCGCCGGCACAGCGCUAUCUGCAGCUCGCUGGGAAACUCUGCCGCCAACUCCAGCCCUGCCCGCUCCUAUCAGCAAUGUCCGCGUCCCAAUCAAUGGCGCACAGCUCUGGUACCAGGAAUACAACAGAGCCGCCGGCGGAACACCCAUUGUCAUGAUCCACGGCGGCCUAGGCUACUCCGCCUACUUCGGCGACGUGAUCACUCAGCUCGCCAAAUCACACUACGUGAUCGCAGUCGACCGCCGCGGCCAUGGACGCUCCACAUAUCUGGAAUCGGACGUCUUCACUUUCGACAAGUUCGCCAAGGACACAUACACCCUCCUCCACGGCCUGAACGUCGUACAGGCCAUCUGGGUGGGAUGGUCGGAUGGAGCAAACACCGCCCUUGCAGGCCUGUUGAACCCUCUCAUCAACGCCGCCAUCUCCAAAGCCUUCAUCUUCGCUGCAUCUCAGACCGUUCAGUCUGCAAAUCCCAACUUCGGCAAUACGGCCAUCUACGCAGAGUUCGUGUCCCGUUGCAAGAAGGAAUAUGCCCAACUACAGCCAAACGCCGACUUCAGCGAUUUCGGGAAGAAAGUCGCCACGCUGGAGGCCACACUGCCGAACUACAAGGAUGCGGAUUUCGCACCGAUUUAUGGGCCGAAGGUGAUGAUAGUGGGAGCGGAGCACGAUGAGGCUGUCAAUCUUGAUGUCGCUCCGCAUUUGCACAGCGUCAUCAAAGGAAGUAAACUGAAGAUUCUGAAGGGCGUGAGCCAUUUCGCGCCGGUUCAAGACCCUACUCAGUUUGCGGCGGCGAUCAUGGAGCUUGUCUGA